AUGCUAAUAGAUGAUGCUAAUGAAAACAGUAAAGUAAUACAAAUGGAUAGCAGUAGUGAUGCUGAAGGUGAAGGUUAUACAGAAGAUGAUGCAAAAAGUGAUAAUGAAGAAGAUGAUGAAAAUGAUAAGAAGAGUAAUGAAGGAAGUAAAGAAGAUAAGAAUAAAGAUAAGGAUGAUGAUAAGGAUGAAGAUGUGAAUAAAGAUAAGGAUGAAGAUGAGGGUAAUGAUGAACGAAAUAUUAAGCGACAAUCAUCUAUUACACAGGAUACUAAAUUUGACAAAAUUGAAAUUAAUCCAACAAAAAAAAUUGCAACACUUAAGAACAAUCAGAGUGAAAUUAUACUUGAACCGAUUAACUCUGUAGAAAUUUGGAAGUCAAGUAUAAACAUUAAAUUCCCUAAAUUAGAAAGGGUUAGUAGAAAGCAAUUUAACCAAGAUCCUUACCCAAUUCUUGGCUAUUUUGCUAAUUUUCAACCCACUAAAAAAAAGGAUAUAUUAACUAGUAAUAAAUUAAAAGUUUCAAAUCAAUAUCAUGAACUAUUGGCUUUUGAAAGGGAACUAUCUGUUAUUGCACCAUUUUAUGAUAAAAAUUCUACUAUUAAAAAAGAUGAUUAUUAUAAAAGUCUUCUUAAAUAUCUAAAGGAACUUUCUAUACUUCGUAAAACUUCAAUAGUUCAAUUUGAUCCUACUCAGAUUAAUAGUGAAUUAGCUUUAGAAUAUGAAAAUCUUAGAUUAUCAAAUUCUGAUAAUAGUUUAGAUUUGCAAGAUCAGAUUAUGCUUUUAAGGUGUAUACCGCAAGUAUCUCAGGAUCUUAGGGUUAGUAACUGUUCAAAGCAUAAUACAUCAGAUAAAAAAGUGCAAAUUUUUACAACAUUAAUGAGCAUGUGCUAUCAGUCUAUUUUUGAUUGUAAUAUUACAACUUAUAAUAUUGAAGUUUCUCGCAGAAUGUCACUUCAAUUUUUGUAUAAAUUUGAAUUAGCAUAUAAUUACUUAAUAGAAUGUGUAAAAAAAUAUACAACCCAUGAAAAAGGAACCACGUGUGCAAAUCAAGUAAGGUCUUUACUUACUGGAAAAGAAUCACUAUCUAAUAUGUUUAAUAUUAAUCAAUCAAACAAUUCAUUUAAUAUUAAACAAGUUAUUGAUAGGAAUUCUUUCAAA